GACUUGAAAAAAAAAACAAAAUCCAAAACCUCAGAUUUAGGAAUCGGCGAAGUCUAAUAGAUGACGACUCGAAUAGCGCCGGGAGUGGGAGCAAAUCUCUUGGGACAACACUCAGCUGAGAGGAACCAAGAAGCUACUGUUUACGUCGGCAACCUCGACCCCCAGCUUUCUGAAGAAUUGCUUUGGGAACUGUUCGUACAAGCAGGUCCUGUUGUUAACGUGUAUGUACCGAAAGAUAGGGUGACAAGUCUUCAUCAAGGUUAUGGAUUCAUUGAGUUCCGUAGUGAGGAAGAUGCUGACUAUGCAAUUAAGGUUCUUAACAUGAUUAAAAUCCAUGGGAAGCCUAUUCGUGUUAACAAGGCGUCUCAAGAUAAGAAGAGCUUGGAUGUUGGUGCUAACCUUUUCAUUGGCAACCUUGACCCUGAUGUGGAUGAAAAGAUCUUGUAUGAUACUUUCAGCGCUUUUGGUGGCAUUGCUUCUAAUCCUAAGAUAAUGCGAGAUCCUGAUACCGGCAACUCUCGAGGUUUUGGUUUCAUCAGUUACGACUCUUUUGACGCUUCUGAUGCUGCUAUUGAGGCAAUGACGGGACAAUAUCUGUGUAAUCGUCAAAUAACCGUAUCUUACGCAUACAAGAAAGACACCAAAGGAGAGCGCCAUGGUACUCCUGCAGAGAGGCUUUUGGCUGCCACAAAUCCAGUUACCCAGAAAAGCAGACCCCAUACUCUCUUCGCUAGCGGCCCGCCAACGCUUCUCAAUGCUCCUCAAGCUAAUGGUGUUCCACGUCCCUUUGUCAAUGGCGCCAUGCAACCUGUUCAAAUCCCAGGCCCCCGUCCGACACCACCACCACCUCCUCCACAAGUCUACCAAACUCAGCCACCAUCUUGGCAACAACCUCAGCCGCAUCAACAACAACACGGCUUAGCUGUUCCACCCCCCAUGCAAUUCCGUCCUGCUCAGGGAAUGCCACCACCACCACCUCCGCAGUUUCUUCAUCAUCAACAAGGUUUCGGCGGUCAAAGGCCGCCACCACCACCACCUCAAGCCAUGGGAAUGCACCAACAUGGAUGGCCGCCGCAGCACAUGCAGCAAGGUGGACCACCGCCGCCGCAACACAUGCAGCAAGGCGGACCACCACCGCCGCAACACAUGCAGCACCAUCAUCACAUGUCUAUGCCUCCACCACAGCCACCACACCAAGGCUGAGUGUUGGGCCAUCUGUAAACGCUUUCUUUCAUAGUAAUCACAAGGAUUUUUCUCACUUUGCUUUUAGAUUCUGAGAAACCUUCCCUUAUCCUAAACUACAAGAGACAGAAAACACAGUAUGCUAUAUUAUCUGAAUGACUUGUCUCAUUCUCUGCAAGAGAAUCUCUCAUCUUUGGUCUGGUAAGCGAUAGAGACGGAGAGGGUGGAACUAGUCCUUAUGUCUGGUUUUCAGUGUUUUAUUGCAUAAUCUUUGAUGCCGUGUGCUUAGAAUUUGACCAAAACUUUGCUGUUAGAAACUCAGUUUUUUUACUUUCUGUCCGUUGAAGUUAUUUUUUUACACUAACAAAGCAAAAGAAAAUGAAAUAGAAGUGAUUAAAGCGAGGUCGUUUGCUG